CACACUCACGUGGUUCCUUGACCUGACACGAAGCAACAGUAUCAACCAGGAAGUGAACGGACCCGGACUCACUCCUCGUGCCUGUUUUGCUCAAAGACAUGGCUGAAUAAAAUAAAUCGAAAUAAAUCGAGUUAAACCAAAUAGUACUUGAGAAAGGAAUAUCGUCAUACUUACUUCCAGCUACAAGAUCGUUUCGGCGUCGAUGUCGGUCCGGGAUCGGUGGUUUUGGUCGCUGUGCGAGCAUCAGGUUUUUCUUCUCUAAAUGUGAGCCGAGCUCCUUUUCAACAUGUCACCACCUCAGAAACAUCACCUGUCCCACCUGCUGCUUCUCGCAGUCCUGCUGCCCGUCGCCUGGACAGCCCACGGGGCUAACAAUGGAUCAGAGGCUGAGGGUGUGUCCUCCGCUCAUCUGGUCUGGACCGGCGUCCCCUCCGGCGGGGACAUUACGGUGAAGGAGGGAUCCAGCGUGCUGAUCGAGUGCAACGUGACCGCAGGCUACGAUGAUAUCAAGUGGUACAACUCCAAAGGGCCUCUGCUUGGCGGGAAGUGGCAGAUUCAGGAAGACGGAGCCCUGAACAUCACAGAGGUUUCCUUCGAGGACCGCGGCCGCUACACCUGCGUCGCCUCUGGUGGCGCCGGCGCGGCCAAAAACUACACGGUCACGCUCCGCGUGGCCCACGGCACCGGCACCGGCCUGGGCCUGUACUACGUCAUCGUCUGCCUGGUGACGUUCACCAUCAUCAUGAUCCUCAACGUGACGCGCCUCUGCAUGGUCAGCAGCCACCUGAAGAAGACCGAGAGGGCCAUCAACGACUUCUUCCGCACAGAGGGCGCCGAGAAGCUGCAGAAGGCGUUCGAGGUCGCCAAGCGCAUUCCCAUCGUCACCUCGGCCAAGACGCUGGAGCUCGCCAAGGUGACGCAGUACAAGACCAUGGAGUUCGCGCGCCACAUGGAGGACCUGGCCCGGAGCGUCCCUCUGCCGCCGCUCAUCCUGAACUGCCGCACAUCCGGGGAGGAGGGGGCCGAGGCGGGAAACCCGGGGCUGCACCCUGCGGAGCAGGCCGGGCCGUCGGCGCCUAGGAACAGGCAAGCUAUAGGCCCCUCCCACGCCGACAGAGACGGGGAGGGGGCGGAGGUGUGUCAGGCGCUGCUGUCAAAUGGAGGGAAGAGCGAUGUCAUAGUUUCAGUUCACACCGUUUCCGGGGAGGGGGACAGCGAGGAUAGGACGGGAUUCUGCGUGCCAGGCUCACAAACAAGUGCGGCAUAUGAGAGCAACGUAUAAACCAAUGUAUAAACCACCAUUGGCUCAAGGUAGCGCGGCAGCAACAGAUGGGGUUUUGAAAGAGGUCAUUUGGCAUGAGAAUUUGCCGAUGGACUAUGUACCAAUACCGUGACUUCAAUAACUGUUCCUAAACAAUACUUUUUGAUACCACUUUUAUAAAACAAAAAGAAAUCACAACAUUACACCACAAAUCUUUAAUUAUUUUUCAGCCCCUACUACAUGAGCCUCGUCUCUGUGUAACAUAGUUAUUCCUGCGUGUCUCUACACUAAAGUAUUGAAUUCGGGACCCAGUCCUGGCCUCUAUUGGCACCCAGUAGCGCAACCACAUGGCACACUAGCACUACGUGUGCAAGAGGUUUUUUUGGGAAAUGCUCCAAUUCACAUGUCAGAUGACAUCUUUCAAAGCCGUCAGCAGUAAGACUGGGUAUCGUUCUAAAAUAUUCAACACCAUUACCCAUAUUGUGACUUCGAUACCAGGUCCUAAACAAUACUUUUUUCUUCCAAUUCAAAAGUUAAAUGACCUCUUUGGCCUCUAUCCCCAUCCUGAUUUUGUGAAGACCUGCCCCCCUCUGAUUGGCUAAUACUCACAGAAUACACUUGCCUGAGCGGGCUCGGUAUAUGACGGCAGGCUCAAUCCUGACAUGACGCCAAUUAACAGGAACAUUUUGAAACGGCCUUUGAUACUAAAAAGGUUGCCGGCCACUGGCAUACACCACCACAGCCUGAAUCCCAUCUGAAAUAACACACAGUGAAGUGUCUAACUACAAGUGCUAAAAAGAGAUGAAAAAAACUAAAAAGGUGGGGUUGGUUACUGUUUAGAUUUGAACUUAUCAGGGUUUUUUUAUCAGCUCUUGUUGUACUGUUUGAGUAAGAAAAGAAACGUUGUUGAAACCAAAUGCCAGCUAUCUUGCCAUGUACAAGUUUGAUUGAAGUAGGAACUGUAACUAUAACAAUUAUCUUCAUUGUUGAUUUAUUCGUUGAUCAUUUCCUCCAUGAAUGGAUUAGUUCUUUGGUCUCUAAAAUGUCAGAAAAUGGUCAAAGAAAAAAUGUGGAUCUGAGUUUCCCAAAUGCCCAAGAUGACGUCCUCAAAUGUCUUUUUUUUUGUCCACAACUCAAAGAUUUUCAGUUAACUGUUACAGAGGAGAGCAGAAAUAAAGAAGCUCCAAUCA